UUUAUUACUAUUUUCUUUUUUCUCAAGCUUUUCUAUAUCCAUCUCCUUUUUCGCUUCUAAAAACAGCCAAAACUUCUCCUUAUAAAUAGGCCAUCCUCUUUCUCUUCUUCCUCAUCGUUAGAAGGAUAGCUUUUAUAUAUAUAUACACACAUAGAGAGGGAGAGAAAAAUCAGGGUUCCUUUCUUGUUUCUGUUUCUUAAUGAUGAUGGGUGUUUUCAGGUUUGUAUCAGCAAUAUGUGUUGCCUUUGUUUUCCUUGCAAUAACAAGCAGUGUCGAAGGAUCUCACAGGAUUUACCCGGAAUAUCAGAGCCUUCAAGCCAACAACGUCAAGCUAGUCCACAGAACUGGCUUUCACUUUCAGCCUCCUAAGCACUGGAUCAAUGACCCAAAUGGACCUAUGUACUAUAAUGGGCUAUACCAUCUCUUCUACCAAUACAAUCCCAAGGGUGCAGUUUGGGGCAACAUUGUUUGGGCUCACUCUGUAUCUAAGGAUUUGAUUAAUUGGGAAGCUCUUGAGCCUGCAAUUUACCCUUCGGAAUGGUUUGAUAUCAAUGGAUGUUGGUCUGGGUCAGCAACAAUUCUGCCUGGCAAUAAACCUGUAAUCCUUUACACUGGCAUUGACCCAAAACAACGCCAGAUUCAAAACUACGCCAUACCUAAGAACUUGUCUGAUCCAUACCUCCGCGAGUGGGUCAAGCCCAAAGACAAUCCGGUAGUAGAUCCGGAUUCAAAAGUAAAUGCUAGCGCCUUCCGUGAUCCAACUACUGCUUGGUAUGCUGAUGGGCACUGGAGGAUUCUGGUGGGCAGUAAGAGGAAGCAUAGAGGCAUUGCAUAUUUGUAUAGGAGCAAAAACUUUAAGAAGUGGGUUAAGGCCGAGCACCCGCUUCAUUCGAAAGCGAAAACUGGCAUGUGGGAGUGCCCGGAUUUCUUCCCGGUUUCAUUAUCUGGUGAAAACGGGUUGGACACUUCAGUUAUCAAUCAGAAUGUGAAGCAUGUAUUAAAAGUUAGCUUGGACUUGACAAGAUACGAGUACUAUACACUUGGUACCUAUGAUAAGAGAAAAGAUAGGUAUUAUCCUGAUAGCAAUUUAGUUGAUGGUUGGGGUGGGCUUAGAUAUGAUUACGGCAACUUUUAUGCUUCCAAGACAUUUUUCGACCCAAGCAAGAAUAGAAGAAUUUUGUGGGGUUGGGCUAAUGAGUCUGAUGCUAUUCAAGAUGAUAAGAAUAAAGGAUGGGCAGGAAUUCAGCUCAUUCCAAGGAAGCUGUGGCUUGAUCCCAGUGGAAAUCAACUAAUACAAUGGCCAAUUGAAGAAUUGGAGAGUUUAAGAGGGCAAAGUGUUCAAUUGACCAGUAAACAGAUCAAAAAGGGAGAACACGUUGAAGUUAAAGGCAUCACUGCUGCUCAGGCUGAUGUUGAUGUUACUUUCUCAUUCGCAAGCUUAGACAAAGCUGAACCAUUUGACCCUAAAUGGGAGAACCUUGUCGCACAAGAUGUCUGUGCUGCAAAGGGAUCAAAGGCUCAAGGUGGUCUUGGACCAUUUGGACUCUUGACAUUAGCCUCUGAAAAUCUUGAAGAAUUUAAUCCCGUCUUCUUCAGAGUUUUUAAAGCAUCAGACAAGUAUAAAGUUCUCCUUUGCUCUGAUGCAAGAAGCUCUUCCUUGGGAAGUGGACUGUACAAACCAUCUUUUUCUGGUUUUGUUGACGUAGAUUUAGCUGACAAGAAGCUUUCGCUUAGGAGUUUGAUUGAUCACUCGGUAGUAGAAAGUUUUGGAGCUAAAGGCAAAACUGUGGUAACAUCAAGAGUAUAUCCUACUAUAGCUGUUUUUGACAAGGCUCAUUUGUUUGUGUUCAACAAUGGGUCUGAAACUGUAACAGUAGAAACUCUGAAGGCUUGGAGAAUGAACAAGCCUGUAAUGAACUCACCCGUGCGAAAGUGAGAUGGUAGAAUCUGGAUAUAAGUUCGAGAUUGUACUAACUAGUUGGGGACACGUUCAAGUUAGAAUUAGUGGCUAUACUGUGGUUUUCUUUUUUUUCUUUUUCUAAAUGUAUCAUAACGUCCCCUUUAUGUGUAAUCUAGUACACUAAACUUUAUCCUGUUCAUUUUGAUCCUAAAGUAUUUAUUUUUGGAUAA